UUUAAUCACACGUUGAUCGAGUAACUGCACCAGUACUAGUGCCAAAGUCCAGUGCUCUGUACUAAAAAAUGGACGAAAACGCACGAUUUACAUUUCUGUUAGUGAUAGUGGUUGUUCUCCUGGCCGCCGCUUCUGGUCAGACUCAGGACACUCCCGUCCGAACCACGUCGUCCGGUCAGAUCGCGGGAUUCACCAGUACAGCCGACGGGCGGACUGUGGAGAACUACCUGGGGGUUCCCUUCGCCGCUCCGCCGACAGACAGCCUCCGCUUCGCCCCUCCCCGGCCCGUACAGCCGUGGGAGGGCGUGAGGAACGCGUCGGUCUUCGGUAGCGAGUGCGUCCAGACCUCGCCAGGCGGGCCCAUGUCGGAAGACUGCCUGUAUCUGAACGUGUACGUCCCUCGUCAAGUUGGGCAGGCGGCGGCGUUGUCAGUGAUGGUCUACAUACACGGCGGAGCAUUUCAAUUCGGAUCUGCUAGCAACAUGGAAGGCGUGGACUGGUUGGCUGCCGUUGGUGACGUCAUCGUGGUGACGCUGAACUACCGUCUGAACGUGUUCGGGUUCCUCAGUACGGGAGACCGGAACUCGCCGGGAAACUUCGGGCUCAUGGACCAGCGGGCAGCCAUCGUGUGGGUCAAGGACAACAUCCGCAACUUCGGCGGGGACCCGGACAGCAUUACGGUGUAUGGCUUAAGCGCGGGUUCCAUCGCGGUCAGUCUUCAGAUGCUGAGUCCCAUAAACAACGGACUGUUCAGCCGCGUCAUCUGCGAAAGUGGCACGUCCAUCGGCCCCGGUGCGAUCAACCCCCGGCCGCUGGAGUCAGUCAGAAACCUCUGCCGCCUGAUGAACUGUGCUAGCGACGACCCGGCCGCCAUGGUAUCGGAGCUACGAGCGGCGGACCCCGUCCAACUCACCAACGCUGCCGCUACAUUUACAGGAACACCGCCGCUAAGGUACUGGACACCCGUGGUCGACGGAGACUUCAUACCGGAGGACCCUCUGCACAUCCUCCAGUCCGGGGCUUUGGAGAACAGGGACGUACUCCUCGGGAGCAACGACGACGAAGGAGGCUACUUGUAUGAAGAUCCGAGAUUUUUAGCAGUGGAUAACGUAGAGGCGGUCAAAAGUUUGGUUCAGGGGCUUCUGCCAGGAUUCUUUACGGAGGUAAAUCAAACCUGGCGUAUAUGUGGCGACGUCUUGGAGGCUCUUACUUACGACUAUGACAUGUGGAAUGAGGAAGACCCUGCGUCGCUGAGGAGGUCGCUGAUAGAUCUGUACGGCGAUUUUACUUACGUGGCCAACACAGUCCAGAAAGCAGACUUAUAUUCCAAGAGAAACUAUACGGCCUACAUGUACCAGUUCGCCCACCGGCUGUCGUACUCACCCCUUCCGCCAGGGGUCGGUGCUUCACACGCGACCAACUACAACUUCAUCUUUCCAUCGUCGGGGUUCUUGGAACGCGCUACUGACGGCGAGAAGAACCUCAUGCGGACCAUGAUGACGCUUUGGUCCAACUUCGCUAAGACAGGCAACCCAAACUCGCCAGCAGACACAACCCUGCCGGUAGACUGGCCCAAGUACCUCCCAUCUACCAGACAGUACCUCCGCCUUACCGACACCAUGUCCCCCGGCUCCGUCCUGUCCAACCUCCGGCCCAAACACACCUUCUUCUGGACCAAGACGGCGCCUGCUUUGGACGGAAGAACGUGCGAGUGUCAGACCUGUACCCCCGGCGUGACGUCUGGUGCCAUCACUUUUGUAGGGAAGACUCUGAUGGCGUGCGUCGUCGCGUGUCUAAUGUCUUAUAUGUACAACCAUUUUCCUGGUGCCGGUAGUUAG